UCUCACCCACGGCGCAUCUCUUUUCUCGAUCCUUUCCUCUAUCACGGCGACUUCUCUGCAGCUCGUAGGCAUCCCGUCUUCUUCACCCUUCCGAGUCAUUCACUUGACUUGAAGCUAUUCAACAAUCAACUUUCUCCUUAAUUACCACUUUGACACAAUCAACCAUGCCUUCAGUCAAGCCGAAGCUCGCGCAGCUAAAGACGCCGGUCACGGCAACCUUCCCUUCGGAGCUCUCUGCUCUGUCGGCCAAGACACCUCUCUCAGCCGUCCCGGACUUUAUCAAGGAGGAGUACCCUAACGGUGCAAAGACCCCUAUCACUCCACCUACGGCUUAUAUGGAUUUCUUGAAGGCUAUGUCCAUGCCUUCACCACUCAUCCCGGGGAAGAGAUCGGGAACGAGCAGCCCUGACGAUGACUCGACGCAGGAUUCGGUUCCGUCUACUGCAAGCAGCGAACAGACAGACUGUUCGUGCAAGUGCGGCAACCGUAAGUCGCUAACUAGCUUCCCCACAAGCCCUCUCCCAAGCCAGCCUAUGUCUGCACCACCAGCGGGAGUAACAUCGUUCCCGAGCCUUUACAUGCCUCCAUCCCCGGCUAUGUCAACGAUAGAUUCGCCGCUGAGUUCGGCAGCACGAUCUCCGUUCAGCGCAAGAUCGGUGCGAUCACCAUUUGACUGGGAAGCGGCAUUGAAGUCUAGGUACUCGCAGGGUUGCAGGGCGCACAAAUCGUCAGCCAAGAGUGUACGUCAUAUUAGGGAGGUUGUCACGAGGACCGUUACAUAUACGCCAAAGAUGGAACCGGCGCCCAAGGGCAAGCGGAGGAAGACAACGCAUCUGGACUGUUCUAAGGUCCAGGCAGCGGCCGCGGCGGCAGCAGCAGGCCGGACAAACACUGUUUAAGCACUUGAUUUCAACCAUCUCACCACAAUUACUUACCUUGGGUAUUCAACCACGAACGAACUAAAAUCACGACACACAACCCCUUAAUUCUAUUUUGGCCUCUACGCCAGGAAUUGAAACUUAGCUUCCAUUUGUUCAUAUCUAUCACCCCCUCUCACUCACUCAU